AUGGGCUCCGCAGGAAGCAAAAGCGUCAAGUUCAACCCUGACACCGACAUCCCUUCACUAAAUGGCAAAGUCAUCCUGGUGACCGGUGGAAACAGCGGUCUUGGAAAGGAGUCUAUUCUUCAGUUUGCCAAGCAUGACCCAAAAGAGAUUUGGCUAGGAGCCCGCUCCGAAGCAAAGGCCAGGGAAGCCAUCAGCGACAUCAAAGCGCAGGUCCCCAAUGCCCCAAUCAAAUUCGUCAAGAUAGAUCUCGCUUCUUUCAAGUCGAUCCGCGAGGCAGCCAAAUUGUUCACCCAGGAAUCGGAUCGUCUUGAUGUCCUUCUCCUUAAUGGAGGCAUCAUGUCUGUGCCGCCUGGGACAACCGACGACGGGUAUGAGAUACAAUUCGGCACGAAUCACAUGGGCCACGCACUUCUGACCAAGCUCCUCCUCCCAACACUCCUCCGAACCGCCGACAAGGGCAAUGAUGUGCGUGUCACCGUCCUUGCUUCAUCUGCUCACCAGUAUGCACCCCCCGAGGGCAUCAGGUUCGACACGCUCAAGUCUCAGGCUCUACAAAUGGGCACCAUCACACGCUAUGGACAAAGCAAGCUCGCCAAUGCCUUAUUCGCCAAGGAGCUCGCCAGACGCUAUCCCCAGCUCAUGACUGCCUCGCUUCAGCCCGGUUUGGUGACCACCAACCUGGCCAACACCAUGAGCGACAACAGCUGGAUAAUGCGCCUGGCGUGGAAGGUGACGGCUUUCUUCAUCGGUGUAGAUGUUCCUACAGGCACGUUGAACCAGCUGUGGGCCUCAACGUCUAAGAAUGUCGUCUCGGGCACGUACUAUGAGCCAAUCGGUCGAACAGGGCUGGGUAAGUCGCAUACCAAUGACAGUGCGCUUGCUGCUAAGCUGUGGGAUUGGACGGAGAAGGAGCUUGAGAGAGAGAAGCUCUGA